UAAACCACGACCAAACGUCUCGGUAUACCAGAUUUUCUUUUCCCAAUUAUGUACUCUAUCGCCGGAAACAGCCUAUUUAUCUUCACAAGGUCAAGAUCGUCAGCGGUGACGGAACCAGAUGUUCUUACAUGGUGAUCAUUUUAGAAUCCAAGAAUGCUACACCUGAAAUUUGAAUUCGCAUUUUUCUUAUGUCAAGGAGAUUCAUUGCAUAUUGGAUGUGGUACUGACUGAGAGACAGGUAGGGUUGGUUUUACCGAGUUCAACUAAGACCAGUACUUCUUGACAGAAAGAGUAGUUAUAUAAGUGAAUAUUGUUAAAACUUCAAUAUUUGAUUAAACUUAUAGUUAAUAUAAAAGUGCAAUGAUUUAGUGGUAAGAACUUAAUGUCGAAGCCAUCGAAUUUAAAUUCUGAAGUCGUCCCGAGAGCAGGGGCGAAGCUACAUGUCUUAAAGGGUGGUCAAUUGAUCACCCUUCAUCCAAAAAUUAACUACGUAUAUAGAUAGGUAAAUAUUAGGUUUUAAAGGUAUCUAACAUAUACUGAAUAUCCUUUAUCGGAGAAUUUUUUUCACUUCUUUCAAGUUUGAAUACUUUUAAGAAAAUUCCUGACUUCAUUGCUGUCCGGGAGGACACUCCAGAACUAACAUUCACACGAAAAGAUACAUUGAAUAGUCUCAUCUUGUACAACAUGCUAUUUACAUGUUUAAGAUUGAGAAAAUUGUAGUUGUCAUUUUCCUUAUUAUAAGGCCCACCCUCCACUUGCAAAAAGCAAAAAAGAAUAUUCAACUAUUAAAAGUCAAUGUAAAAUUCCAUUCCAAAUUCAGAUUACAUAUACAGCUCAAGUAAAUCAUUAACACUACCACACAAAUAUAUAUACGUGCCAUAGUACACUAAGCUGAAAUCACCAAAAUCCUUAUCCUAAAUCAAGAAAAUGAUGAACAAAAAUGGUAGCCUUAGAUCAAUGGCGAAUUUCGUCCACCAUUUUUUCACAAGUCGAUGGUUCAUGGUUUUUGCUUCUCUUUUAAUCAUGUCAAUGGCUGGUGCAACUUACAUGUUUGGUCUUUACAGUGGAGAGAUCAAAUCGUCGUUAGGAUAUGAUCAAACGACGUUAAAUUUGUUAAGUUUCUUCAAAGAUUUAGGUGGUAAUGUUGGGAUUAUUUCAGGCCUAAUAAAUGAGGUAACUCCACCUUGGGUUGUUUUAUUUAUAGGAGCAAUUAUGAAUUUUUUUGGGUAUUUUAUGAUAUGGUUAUCAGUUUCAGGACAUAUAGCUAAACCUGCUAUUUGGCAAAUGUGUUUGUAUAUUUGUAUUGGUGCAAAUUCACAAACAUUUGCUAAUACCGGUGCUUUAGUUACUUGUGUUAAGAAUUUCCCAGAAAGUAGAGGAAGUGUUUUAGGAUUAUUAAAAGGUUUUGUUGGUUUAAGUGGUGCUAUUAUUACUCAAUUAUACCAUGCUUUUUAUGGAAAUAAUGGUAAAUCUUUGAUUUUAUUAAUCGGUUAUCUUCCAGCAGUUGUGUCUUGUAUUUUUCUUCGAACGAUUCGGAUUAUGAAAGUGGUUAGACAAAGUAAUGAGACCAAAAUUUUCUAUAAAUUUCUCUAUAUUUCACUUGGUCUUGCUGGUUUUAUUAUGAUUGUUAUUAUUAUUCAAAAUAAAGUCAGUUUUACAAGGCCAGAGUAUUCAGGUAGUGCAGCAGUAGUACUAAUUUUGCUCUUUGCUCCUCUAGUUAUUGUCUUUAAAGAAGAUCUUAAACUUUGGAAUAUUAAACAACAAGCAUUGAAUGACCACAUUUUGAAAGUUGUUAGUGAAAAUCCGCCGUCAGUAGAGUUGACUCGGCCUCAAAAGCUAGCUUCGAGUCCUGAAUUACCAAAAGAAUGUGAUGAAAAGGCUACUUCUUGCUUUAGCAAUGUGUUCAAUCCACCACCAAGAGGAGAUGAUUAUACAAUAUUACAAGCACUUUUCAGUAUAGACAUGAUCAUUUUAUUCACAGCUACAACAUUUGGCGUGGGCGGGACAUUAACUGCAAUCGACAACUUAGGCCAAAUAGGGAAGGCCUUAGGCUACCCCGAAAAAAGCAUCACAACAUUUGUUUCACUAGUAAGUAUAUGGAAUUACCUCGGACGAGUUGUUUCUGGUUUUGUAUCUGAAAUCUUCUUGACAAAGUACAAAUGCCCGCGUCCUAUGAUGCUCACAUUAGUCCUCCUACUCUCCUGUGCUGGUCAUCUACUCAUCGCGUUUGGCGUCCCUAAUUCUCUCUAUCUCGCCUCUGUACUGAUGGGAUUUUGCUUUGGAGCUCAAUGGCCUUUAAUUUUCGCGAUUAUAUCUGAACUCUUCGGGUUAAAAUACUACUCCACAUUGUAUAAUUUUGGGGCUGGUGCUAGCCCUGUUGGUGCAUAUUUGCUUAAUGUUAAAGUGGCUGGACAUUUAUAUGAUAAAGUGGCUACAAAGCAAAUGUUAGCAAAAGGGCUAAAAAGGAAAGAUGGUGAAGAUUUAACAUGCAUUGGAGUUGAAUGUUACAAAUUGGCUUUUCUUGUAAUUACUGGAGCUACAUUGAUUAGUUGUGCUGUUUCCUUAAUUCUGGUUAUUAGAACAAGGAAAUUUUACAAAGGUGAUAUAUAUAAGAAGUUCAGAGAACAAGCUAUUGAUAUUGAAGAUCCUGAACAGAUAAGAGUUUCGGAGGUAUCAUCAUCAGCAACAUUACAAACAGCAGCAGAUUCUUCUCCAAAAAUCCAACAAAAAUAGAUAGGUAGUUCUUAAUUUCAUUACCAUGAUAUGUAAAUAUACUGAUAAAACUUUGUGUUAUUAGGAAGGAUUAGUGUAAUCUUCAGUCUGCAGCAUUAGUUAAAUAAAUUUAUCUGUUGCUAUGUGACCUGGAGGUUACAUGUUUCGAGCCGUGGAAACAGCCUCUUACAGAAAUGUAGGGUAAGACUGCAUAUGCAAUAGACCAUUGUGGUCCGGCCCUUCCCCGAACCGGCACAUAGCGAGAGCUUAGUGCACCGGGCUGCCUUUUUUUCUGUCUCGGGCCAAAAAAAUAAAGGAAAAUGAUGCUCCUUAAGUUCAUGUCUUACAAAAUUAUGAGCAUUUGUUGAGUCAUAACAUAUGUUGUUGUAUUUUCAAUAAUAGAUACUAACUAUUUGUACCAA